CCCCUUUCUAAUUCUUUAAUCUUUUCCAACAUCCGACCACGGUCUACUCAAUAGGCCACCAGCAUUUGCUGAGCUUCCCUGAGUAACUCUAUUUUUGUAUUCAAUUUCUUUCCCAGUGAACUACAAGCCACGAGCAGGCAUUCAACAGCUAUUCCCUUUACCAAUUUAGCUCUUUUCUUUUUUUGCUCUGUUUCUUCAUCAAAUACCUCACUUACAAAACCCCAUGGGUUACUAUGCUCAGAAAUCAUCUCACUAUUCCUCAGAUGUUCUAAUCCUCCUUCAUGUUCCUGAAUAUAUUUCCUGGCAAAGUUUUCUAAAGCCAGACUGCGGGCAACUCCAACAGACUCUACUCUUGCCCUUGCUUCACUCUUAACACUCUUAAUACGAAAUAGAGAACUUGUUUUAACUUUACAACUUUACUAGCUUAUUCAAUAAACUAGAAUAAAUACUCUGUUGCUUUUCUCUGAAACUGAAGGCGUCCCUUCACCAGAACAACAGGAAAUAACACCCCAUCCGGUUUUUUACACUUCAAUAAAUCCCAAGUAAAUCAAAUAGAGGGACGGGGGUACGUUCCUUCCCUUCCCUCAAUGGAUUGUAGUAAAUCGAGAGGUCUUUUCCCAGUUGGGACCUGCCAAAUACUGUGGAAUACUGAGCAGACGGAUCAGAGGUGCAGUCCGGGAGAGUUAAGGGGACUGAGAUAAGCCCUCGCCCUGACACUCGCGCCUGCUCCGUCCCAGGCAGAUCUUCACAUGCACCCGGCUCUUCAAAUUGGAGUCAGGAUUCGCUAGCUGUCCUAACCGGGCACCUGCUGUUCCAAUGCACUGUUCCCAGACACCCCACCCGGAGGCGGACGCAUCUCAGCUCCGGGUGAGCAACCUCUGGACAGUGUCGCUGUGUGGCUGUUCCCCAGCUGCCCCGCCUGGAGGUGGCUGCAUCUCAGCUCGGGGUCUGUCCCAGCCGGACGCCCCAGCCAUGGGCAGAGCCCUGCUGCCACAGCAGGAUGCCGGGGAAAGGGAGCUCCCGCCUCAGGGCCCCCCCUGGAGAGCAGGGGGUCCUGCCAUGCUGAGGGUCCUGAUCCUCGCCCUGCUCUGGAGGGGGUCCCUGUCCCAGCCACAUGGAUUUACCCUGGCGGUGCCGCAGUCAGUGUCUGUGCAGGAGGGUCUCUGCGUUCUCAUCCCCUGCACCUUCACGUACCCAACCUCGUAUGACACCGACAAUCCCUCGGCCCAGCUAUACGGACAAUGGUACAAGGAGUCUGCUACUGUGGGCCAGGAUCCUCCCGUGGCCAGCAGUAUCCCCAGUGCGGGGGUGUCGCAGGAGACCCAGGGCCGGUUCCGGCUGACGGGGGAUCUAGCACACGGCGACUGCUCCCUGCAAAUCAGUGAUGCCCGACGGACGGAUGCAGGGAGAUAUUUCCUUAACAUCGAGAAAGGCAUGUUAGAUCACACUUACCGCUCCAAUUCCGAUGGCACUGCCCCUGCGCUAACGAUCUCUGUGACAGAGUUGACGGAGGAGCCAGAGAUCCAGAUCUCGCCGGUGCGGGGGCUGCCAGGGACGUUGCUGACCAGGGAGCCGGUGACUAUGACCUGCACAGCCCCUGGGCGCUGCUCCGGGUCCCCUCCCCAAGUCACCUGGACGGGGCCGUUCAGCGACACAGCCCGGAACAUCUCAGCCCAGCUGGCGAACGGCACCUGGGCCCACAGGUCCACGCUCAGCUUCACUCCCACCCCAGGGGACCACGGCAAAGAGCUCAUCUGCACCGUCACCUACAGCCCACCACGGGGACCUUCCACCAGCAGAACCAUCCGGCUCCAUGUCAUCUACCCGACCGGGGCCCCCACCAUCACUGGGAACGUGACGAGCAACGGAUGCCCCGGUGGCCUCCCUCGGGCAUUUAUCGAAAUUAGCUGCAAACUCAUCUUCAUGGCGACUGGAUUCUUCCUGGCCUAUUACUUCACCCUGCUCUAUUAAAGAUGACUGCCAGCCACAUAAAUACUCCAGAAUCUCUCACCCAGGAGACCCUGCUGCUGUCAUGGAAGAAGAAGGAAGGACUGGUGGGGAGCCCUGGAAUCCAUGGUGCCUGACUCCCCUACCGACCUACCCACUGAUCUACCCACCUACCUACAAACUUACCAUCCUACUCACUCACUCACCCACCCACCAUCCCACCCUCCUACCUACCGAUGUACCCAUUGACCCACCCAUCUACCUACUACCCCGCAAAGCUACCAACCCACUGACCCAACCACCCACUAACCUACCCACCUACUGAUCUACCAACCUACAUACCUCCUAUCUAUCUAACCACUUACCCAACUAAUUACCUAACCACCCACCUAUGUACCUAUCUACCCACCUACCACCCAGCCUAGCUACCUACUCACACACCCAUCUACCUACUCACCUACAAUCUCACCCACUCACCCAUCAUCUAUCUAUCUAUCUAUCUAUCUAUCUAUCUAUCUAUCUAUCUAUCUAUCUAUCUAUCCCGACUGCCAGCCACUUACAUACCCCAGAAUCUCUCUCUCAGGACACUCUGCUGCUCUCAUGGAAGCAGAAGGAAGGACAGCCCGGGAGCCAGGGAAUCCACCCUGCCCAAGUCCAGCGUGUAGAUCAGGCUGUUCUUCAGCCACAAAAGAGCUGACAAGGAAUUAGAAACUCAAGGGACUGAGGAAACAGAGAAUGAGACCUCAGCUGGGGGCACUGCCACCCCGGGUGAGGCCAAUGGGCCCCGUUGCCUCCCACGGUGUUUAAUUUGUAUAGAAAGAAAUGCCAGAGCUCAGCUGUGGCUCAAAUUAAGCCCUGGCAGGGUGGCCUGAUACUGGCGGGUGCUGGCCGGGCACCCAGCUCUGAAGGCAACGCCACCACCAGCAGCAACGCAGAAGUCGGGGGACCUGGCACAUGGGAUUUUGCCACCCUCCUGCGCUGCUGUUGGGCCUUGUGGUGCCUGAUGCUCGGCAUGUGGCUCAAGGCUUCGCGCUGUCACACGUGGGCUGCAUCUCGCCAGAGCCCACGGCCUCCUGCAGCCCUCUGGCCACUCCUGUCUCACCCGGGGCAGGGGAACCAGUUCAGAUUUGGGGCGGGGGGAGGCAAAUUUAACCAUGAUUCCAGGGACUACUUAGGCACCUGAAAACUCUUUGGGAUUUGCAGAUAAGAACUUAGCGAUUAGUUGACAGGAGCUCUGUAUCUAAUUGUUAUAUAAAGAAA